AUGAAGAUAAAUCGAUAUAAUAUGGCAAUUAAAUAAAAUAAUCAAUGGAUUUCUUAGUAGAUAUUAAUUGGAGAUAAUCAUUAUAUCUAUUGUUUAAUAGUAAAUAAUAAUUAAGAUUUAAUUAUAUCAGGAAGUUAUGAUUAUACUAUUAAAUUUUGGAUGAAAAAGAAUGAAUGGACGUAUUAUAAAACAAUAAAAGAUCAUUCUAGUUAUGUUUAUGGAUUAAGUACAAACUAAUAAUAAAAUAGAGUGAUAUCUUGUGGUUAUGAUUAAUUAAUAUUAAUAAUGGAAUAAUAAGGAUGCAAUAAAGAAUAGAUUGUAAUAUAAAAGAUUACAGUUGAAUAAUCUACAUAUAGAAUAAGUUUAUUGAUAAUAAUAUGUUCACAUUAUCAUAGAAAUAAAAAGAAUAGAUCUAAGUGUAUGAGAUGA